GCAAGAGAGAGGAACUGGGGUGAGCAAGCAUUGUGGCUUUUUCUGUUUCCUGUUUCAGCAAGGCUGCUGUGCAGAAAGAAAGACAGUACGAAGAAGGAAAAUGCUAAGGGGGCCCAGGGCCACGGACUGACAGCUUGCACUUGACCCAGCUGCUGCCUUGCCCCAUCUGAGACCACAGCCAAGAUCUGCCCAGCAGCUGGAAUGCUUUCCUGAGCUGCUUGGUUUGGAGCCUGGGACCCAAGACCCAGGCAGCUAUUCCAGGAACUGGAAGCCAAGCACAACAGGUGCUCAGGAGGUCAUCAUGAUCAGCCUGGACCCCAGGCCUUCCCCUGGCUUGGCCCGGUGGGCCGAGAGCUAUGAGGCCAAGUGUGAGCGCCGGCAAGAGACCCGUGAAAGCCGCCGUUGCCGCCCCAAUGUGACCACUUGCCGCCAGGUGGGGAAGGCGCUGAGGACUCAGCAGAGAGAGCAGCUCCAGAGAGCACGACAACAGGAGUUCUUCAGGAGGAGGAACCUGCAGGUGGAGGAGAAAGGCAAGACACAGAGCCCCAGGGCCAAGGAGCACGGUCCCUCGAGGAGGCCAGGCCAGCCAACUGACCUCAAGGAGCCCUUGUCUUGGGCCAGCAGGAUCUCCUCCUCCCCCCAGAAGCAGGUGUCAGGAACCAGCUCUGAGGCCUUUCCAACCCAGCGUCACCCUUCCUCAAGCACCCAGAGGGAUCUGGCUCACCUCUCCUCCCAGGCUGGGGGCCUUUCACCACAGGACUCUCCCAUCAAGAAGCCACCCACACACCACCGUGGCACUCAGACAAAGGCAGAAGAAGCCCAGCCAACAAUUAAGAAUGAUGCCAGUCAGCAAACCAAUUAUGGAGUUGCAGUUCUAGAUAAGGAAAUCAUCCAGCUUUCUGAGUACCUCAAAGAGGCCCUCCAAAGGGAACUGGUUCUAAAACAGAAAAUGGUGAUUCUCCAAGACCUACUGUCCACCCUGAUAAGGGCCUCUGACAGCUCUUGGAAGGGCCAGCUUAAUGAAGACAAAUUGAAGUGCAAACUGAGAUCUUUAGAAAACCAGCUGUACACCUGUACCCAGAAAUACUCCCCUUGGGGAAUGAAAAAGGUGUUACUGGAGAUGGAAGACCAGAAAAACAGCUACGAGCAGAAAGCCAAGGAGUCGCUGCAGAAAGUGCUGGAGGAGAAAAUGAGCGCAGAGCAGCAACUGCAGAGCGCGCAGCGGUCCCUGGCUCUGGCUGAGCAGAAGUGUGAAGAGUGGAGGAGCCAGUACGAAGCUCUGAAGGAAGACUGGAAGAGCCUGGGGACCCAGCACAGAGAGCUGGAGAGCCAACUCCAUGUGCUUCAGUCCAAACUGCAGGGAGCAGACAGUAGAGACUUACAGAUGAACCAGGCUCUGAGACUUCUGGAGAAUGAGCACCAGGAACUGCAGGCAAAGAUUGAACACCUGCAGGGGGACAGAGACCUGUACAGCUCGGAUACACAGCACCUACAAGAUCAACUGAAGAGGUCAGAGGAGGAGAAACUCACCCUGGUGGCCAAAGUACAGCAGCUGCAGAGUCUGCUUCAGAAUCAAUCCUUACAGCUUCAAGAACAGGAGAAACUCUUAACAAAGAAAGUGCAGAGAACUGCAUUUGGAGUUAGACAACCUCAGUGACGAGUAUCUCUCCUGCCUGCGUAAGCUGCAGCACUGUCGAGAAGAGCUGAACCAGAGCCCACGGCCGCUUCCCAGAGUAAGAGGGUCUAUCCUCCCAUAUCGCCCUGGAUGAUGGUGGGACAGGUCCUCCUUUAGUCAAAUCUUGCAGAUCAUUCAUCAACCCGUGCCAACGUUGGGCCAGCCCAUUCCAUUCAGCUUGGUUUAUAUACUUGAGUAUAACAACUGUCGGGAAACACUUGCUCAUGCAACCAAGCCUAAUUUUCAUGGAACUCUUGAGCCUAAAGGAAGAGGCCUACUAUUAGCUAAAGUAUGAAAUGGUGUUCUUUUAGCCUAUUAUGAGCUAGUGGCAAGAGUAAGGAGAGAAGAAAAAAAAAAGAGUAAGGAGAGCAAAAGUACGACAGAAUAUGAAUAGAGAAUAAUAUAGUGUUGCUAAGUUAUUUUCCAUCCUUGAUUACUUUAACCAGUAUUUAAGUAUCUGGCCCUUGCUGGGUAUGGUUCCCUAGGCCAGUGAUCCUGGGCUUAGGGACCAGUAACCAGCAGUAAAGUGGUCUUAUCCCAAAGGAAGUGAGCAAGUGAGAGAAAUAAUGAUAUAAAAAGCUUUUUCUCCUCUACUGACCCAAGGUUUUCCACGGGGCUGGAAUGGGAAGAAGGAAGAUUAUUUUUGUCUGUUAUCUUCUCCAAACAACCCAUGGCCUCCUUCUCUUUCUCCCCUUCCCUCCUCACAGAGGCAAUGUGGCCAAUGGCUCUCGAUGCUGAUGGUAAUGAUUGCUAUAGCACUGGCAGUGUUCCUGGCCAACAAGGACAGCCUGAUGAUCUGAAUCACUUCGGACAGCUGCCUGGGUGAAAAUCUGAAGCAAGAAACUCAAAAAACUCAGAAUGUUUACAUACUUUAGAGUGUGGGUUUUCCCACAGAGAUUUCUGACUUUAUUAUUUUUUUUAACCUACUGUAAAAUAAACUUCACCUAACAAG